UUCACUUCAAUUUCAAUCUCACUUUGUCAUCUUUCGCGCUCUAUUUAAUGCAAAAUGAGAACACGAAAACCGCUUCAUUUCAUUUCUUUCUCUCUCCAUAACCGUUUUUCUCUCCUCUUCUUUCAUCUCAUCGUUUUCGCUUUUCUUCUCAAAUCUUCUCCGAUUCUCGCUCUCAUCACUUCGCUAUCGCAGGAUCUAAUCAGGUGCAUUCAUAAUUUUCAAUGAACGAAAUCUCAGUGGAAUCUCCUGGCUGCAAAAGUGCCAAAACUAAAACUGAUACAAAAAAGCAGAUCUUCUGUAACCGGCCACUGAAUAUGAGGAACGUUAAUGCUGUGGGAUUUGACAUGGAUUAUACCUUGGCGCAAUACAAGCCUGAAACUUUUGAAUCCCUUACUUAUAAACACACAGUUCGAAAGCUGGUUCAUAAUUUGAAAUAUCCCGUUGAGCUACUGAAUUGGAGUUUUAAUCCAAGCUACAUGGUUAGAGGUUUGGUUCUUGACAAAAAGAGAGGCAACAUCUUGAAGAUGGAUUGCCACAAGUAUGUGAAAAUAGCUUAUCAUGGUUUUGAAGAACUGUCAAAAGACCGGAAAGUUGAGGCCUACGGAAAGUUUUUAGUAUCUAAUUCUUUUGAUGAGCCAGAAUAUGCUCUAAUCGACACACUCUUUUCACUUGCCGAAGCCUACUUAUUUGCGCAACUGGUUGAUUUUUGUGACAGAAAUCCUGGAAGUCUACCGUCUGAUGAUUAUGCUUGUCUCUACAAAGAUGUUCGGAAUGCAGUAGAUAUGUGCCACCGAGAUGGAACCUUGAAGCAAAAGCUUGCAGAAGAUCCCAAGAGGUAUAUCCAUGAAGACGAAUCAAUAGUUCCCAUGCUUAAAAUGCUUAAAGAAUCUGGACGAGCUACAUUUUUGGUGACAAACAGUUUAUGGGACUAUACAAGUGUUGUCAUGAAUUUCAUCUGUGGAUCCGGUGGGGUGAAUGACAGUACUAAUUUUGACUGGCUUGAAUACUUUGAUGUUGUCAUCACUGGCAGUGCAAAGCCAAAUUUUUUUCAGGAGGAUAAUCAUGCUAACCUGUUUGAGGUUGAGCCUGAGAGUGGAGUGCUCCGUAAUACAAAUAAUGGCUCUCCUCUGCCUCAGGUGGGUAAUUUCGCUGCAAAGAUAUCAACAAAAGAUAACAAUGCUCACAAGGUUUUCCAGGGAGGCAAUGUCAGUCAUCUGUAUCCCCUACUUAAAAUAGAAACGAGUUCACAGAUACUAUAUGCUGGGGAUCAUAUCUAUGGAGAUAUACUGAGCAGCAAAAAAACUCUUGGCUGGAGAACCAUGUUGGUUAUCCCAGAACUUGAUAAGGAGGUUCAACUUCUCUGGGAAUUGAGGGAUGAUUGUAAGAAACUUAGAUCUCUGAGGAAUGAUCGUGAUGACAUUGAGAAAGAAAUGCAUUUCAAUCAGUCUCUCAAAUCAGCUAGUCCAGAUGAUGAUACCAAGCAGAAGUUCAUUUCAAAAAUUCAGAAAUUGGAGCAUGAAAGAGAGAAAAUGAGGUCAGAUCAUCAAGAAGCCCUAAGGAAACUACACCAAGAGUUUCACGAGACAUGGGGACAACUGAUGAAGACCGGUUAUCAGAACUCGCGCUUUGCUCAUCAGGUUAAGAGAUUUGCCUGCCUUUAUACAAGCCAAGUAUCUAACUUGGGUUCGUUCUCUCCGGAAAAAUAUUAUACACCCAGUGAAGAUUUAAUGCAACAUGAAUAUAAUAGCAUUUUUGAAAGCUGAGCUCUGCAGCAACUGUCUGUCUGGUUUUACGCCCUCUUGACUCUCCAUAUCUGUUGUUAGUAAAGUCAGUACAUGAGAAUUUGAACUCUAUUAUGAGGGUAAAAAGUUGAUGCUUAUUAGAUUUUAGUUUUUUGGAUACUUCACUUGAAUGUCAGUAAUAGAAACUGCAUUUACAGACUUUAUUCGGUUUUAUCAUUUUUGGGUACUAUAGGUAAUACUACUUGAAUGUCAAUGAUAGAUAGUGAUUGUGCUAACCGAGUUUACUUGGUUUUAUCAUUUGCAUUUGUUAAGGCAGUAUGUUAGUAAUUUUAACACAUGGUGAGACUUUCUGUAAGACUCGUGUGAUGAACAAUUAAUAUUGUAAUGUUGUUUCUCUAAUUGGGUUU